AAACGACCUGACAGUGCGCAUAGUCUGUCACGCGAUAAGCAUCACACAUAAAGCGCAUCUGGAAUUUGUAGGUUUCGUGGACACAUAAUAACGAUUUUUAUCAAAAGCUGCUUCGAACCAAGAAUGAAACAAAUGUUUGACAAAAUAUAAAUAAAACACGCAAGUGCCGGCACACAGUGCAUCUCCUCUAUCCCACACGUUUCUAACCUUGUCAAACCACUUCUGCGCCACAUGCAGCACAAAUCAAUUGGCAGUCGCGAUUGUGGCUCUCACUAAGAAUUGCGCAUCGAAGUAGUUUGGACGUGAAAAUUUUCCACUCUUCCGCGAGAUAGUUCGGAAUUGUCAUCAUGUCGAAAGCAAAUUCUAAAAAUUCGGAUAUUACUCAGGCGGUACCUUUGAUAAAUGGGGAAAUUUUCGAAAUUGAGCAAUGUCUCUUUCCGAUUCCAGAAGAAUUUUUCCUUAAAGAUGAUUCGAUUUCGGAAGAGGAGUGCAUUUCAAUUUCCAUUAGUGAAUCGUUGAAUCUUCCAAGUCUACCAGCUUACACUGUACGGAAGAGUAUACUGGAUCCGGCCAAAUUAACACCUGAGGUCAUCAAUGAGCUGUGCUUUCACGAGAUGCUGUUGAUAAGUACGGAAAACGACGAAAUCGUUGGCGGUUUUGCCAUUCAGGUAGAAACCAUUGCUGAUGAAGUGAUUGCCGUAUUUUGUAGCUCGCAUUUCUCGAUGGAUGGAAAUGAGAAAACAGCGCGAAGCGAACUGCUGGCCUUGACUGACAAACAAUUCAAUCCAUAUCAGGAGCGCAAGUGUGAAACUAUUUUUGCGGGUGACUUCAAGCAGGAAAAACAGUUACAGCUAUAUUUCGACGAAAAUCAAAACGUCACGGCAUUCCGACAGGAAACAGUAGCGAAUGAAUCAGAGAGCUUUCAAGGUGUGGUUACUGCCGAAGAAGAUGGUUUCUUACUACCUGACGGUCUGAAUAUCAUAUACAUGCGUUAUUUAAUGCUAACAAACUUCAUCGGAGAUAUCCACACGCGAGCAAUUGAUAUCCAAGGUCGCAUAGGACAUUCGAUUUAUCAAAUCACCGAUGUUAUUCCAACGAAAAUCAAUGGUGAAAUUCACGAAACGAAACAAGUGAUUCGUACUGUCUACUAUGCGGAAACAGAUGAGCCGGAAACGAGCGUGAGCUACUACCUUACUACUGGUCAUUUACUGCGACAUACCUGGAACAAUUCAAACUAUUCUAUAAUCAUGAAUCCAAGAUUCAGCAUUUCUAAUCUAUCGAGCGAAAUGAAUGACAUUUACUUUUCCAUGCGGAUAUAUUUGGAAGAACUAUCGAAACUAUUAGAAAUUUCUGCGCAUGAAAAAAGUAGGUGCUACGAUUUACUAAGCAAACCAACGGAAAUAGUUCGGGCAGUUCUCUCAGAUAUUAUAACAGAAGCGACACAAAAACCUUCCAAUAAUUCUAUAUCCAUUCGCAGUGAACAAUCAUCUGACACCAUUAGAAACCUUUUAGAGGGUAUUAUAAAUGACAUGUCUUUUCUUUGAUAGUAAAUAAAUCUGUAAUUGAAAAA